CGCGCGGCAGCGUUUCGCCGUACAGCGGUUAAACCGCGCGGCUGCCGGCGCGUUGUAUUUUUCGCUUGAAAAUGCGGGCAGCCGGGUUCCGUAAAUGACUUGCUGUUCACACUCGGGCCCUCCCAGGGGCUGCGCGCCUCAGGGCGGCCCGCGGGUCCUUCGGGCAGGGCCGCGCCGCCGCAGCCCCGGCCCCGCACCUGCUGGGCCCCGGGCGCCGUCCGCUGCCGGAGCGGCGCGGCGGAGGGCGAUGUGAGGGGGAGUGCGUGCCCCUUCGCUCCCUGGGGAACGCCGCGGCCCCUUCCCACCCGGCUCGGCCGCGGAGCUGCUGCCCGGAAGCGUGCCGAGCCCGCCGGCCAGGCUGCUGCCCGCAGCGCCGGCACCGCCGCCGCCAGCCUGCCCCCCAGCCCCGCCUGCCCCGCGCCGCUGCCACCCGCCGCCGCACAGCGCUGCCCCUGCGCUCCGCUCCGCCCCGGCCGAGGCCGAACGCGGCGCGGGGGCGCUGCCGGUCCCGCCCGCACGGGCGCGCACACCCGGGCGCACACGCACCCGCGCGGGCACACACGCGGAAGUGCACCCCGAGCUGGCGCCGGGCCCGCCGCCGCCGCCGAGGCCGCCCCGGCGCAGCGUGCAACAUGGCGCUGGUGCCCUGCCAGGUGCUGCGCGCCGCCAUCCUCCUGUCCUAUUGCUCCAUCCUGUGCAAUUACAAGGCCAUUGACAUGCCCGCGCAUCAGACCUAUGGAGGCAGCUGGAAAUUUCUGACCUUCAUAGACCUGGGCCGGUCGUGAGAGGAGCCAGCGGGACACCGCGGCAACGGAGCCGGGUGGUUUGAACGGAGAGACACGGACGAUGCCGAGGGGCUGCUGCGGCGAGCGCCGUGGGGAAGGUGCGCCUGACGCCCUGUCACCGCCGUGCUGAGGCUGUGUUUUGCCUUUCUUAAUGGCUGGUAGUAAACACCAGAACCUGCUGUCCCCAGCAUCUGGCUCCUGUGUGCUGUCAAAAUAGAAGACAUGUCUUGCUCCCUUUGGCCUUUGUGAGGAAUCCAUCCCUGACAGGUGCAAGUGUGUGAGAGUGACACAAAAAACGUUGGGCAACUCAACUUGCCGGAUCCAGUUAGUUUUGGUUGCAAAUCCAUAAACGAGACUGUGAAACAAAAGAAGUUUCAUUUCACUUUCCUUCAUAGGGGUCCAGAUCUGGAGCAGUCACGAGCAUGCUGGCCUGGUAGAAAACACCAGGUGCUGGCCAGGGGCUAUUUUUGCUCUGAGCUUCCUGGCCUUGUUGCCUCCACAACACUGUUCCCCUAGUGCAGGUGGGAGGAAAGGGGGCUGGAGGAAGAGAGAAGAUGGAAGGAGAAACUUGGAUCCUAGUUCAGAAAUAGGAUAGCCAACUUACACCUAGUGUCUACAACAAAGUAUUUUUUUUUUCUUUGAAUCCACAGUGUAAAUAGGUGAGAAAUUUUGCAGUCGCUACUGAGUUACAGAAAAGUCAAGAAGUGCAAGUAUUUCAGUGCUUCCCAGUGAUAAAACCUAUCUCAGAACCUCAUGGUAGAUUCACAAAUAUUGCUACUAUUGCAUAUGCGCUUCAUAUCCAGUCAGUAGGUUGAGUUUGUGAGUUUGGAGACCAAACUCUAUAAACACAUUAACCUGGCAGGUCAAUGCAUCAGCAUUAAGCUAAGGUUCACUGAGGUCCGUAUUUUAGUUGGAGAGAAGAAGCACCUAGCGUAUUUUGCACUUAGCUGGGGUGAUUUUUGUAUUGGGUGCCAAAAAUUUGCUGGAUGUCUGAGGAUUCACAGGCAAAACUAGUGCUUUUACUGUGACUGUAAAAAGGCAUCUUAAGGCCUGAUGUUUUUCUAGAAGGCAAACUGGAAUCUUACUUUUUUUUUCCUUUUGGGCUGCUGAACUGUACUGUCAGUAAUAUUAAUUGACAGAAGUUAGCAUCAAGUCCCAGUAAGUUAGGGGAGAGCUGUUGACUUUGCUGGCAGUUGAAUUGGAAGUGAACCAACUAAAGCUAAAAGCCAAUGAUCUUGUCUUUGAGUCACCUUCACCUUUUUCUCUGUUCUCCUAGCCUUGACAGUUGUUUGACGAUUAAGUGAACUAAGACUGUCAUACAGUGAAAAUAACAUUUGACAGUACAUGAUAUUUGUCAUUUCCCAAAAAUUACAGCCUGCAGUCUGUGGCAAAUUCAUGUGGGCUUUCCCGUCAAAGCCUGCAUGCAGUUCAGGCUACUUCUGUCGUGGCCCAAAAGGUCAAGAUAAAUAUGUAGUGUUUUCUACAAUGUCUGGUAUGGUUAUCAAAUGCGGCUAGUAAUUUCUGUCCUUCUGGCCCUGGUAGUAUCUUAUCUAAGCAAAUCUGUCUUUCUCCUGGGACAACUGGGAGAUUUGAAGAAACAAAAACUGUGGAAUCCUGAGGAGGAUAACAGGAGGCGUGGUUGGAGGAUGUUAGGCACGUUUCCAAAAUACUGUAUGUUGACUAAAUCUUGAAAAGCUCUUCUUUAAGUUUCAGUUUCCUCAACCUUGUGCAGUAUUCCUGUGUCAGUCACAUUCAAAGGCUGUCUAGACAAAAUAUCAUCAAUGCCAGAGUCUUGGCAGACAUAUGUUCUUGCUACAGAUUGUACCUCCACAAGCAGAGAUUUUAUCUUUGACAUCACAGAAGCAUGUAUAAGUUCUUUCUGUUUCCAAAAACUGCUGUCAGUUUUUGAAAAAAGUGAUUUUAUGACUUGAAUCUAAGAAGUAAUUUGGAUGGGGUUUUUUUCAUUCUGUCCAUUUGUGAAGGGACAUUCUUUUCGAGUCUCAGCAUCAGUAAAUGUCUUGGAGAUUUAGGUAACUGACUUUGCAGAGCUGCUGUGUGAAAUAAUUCACAGUUAUCUGCAGAUAACAUAAUUUUGAUUCCAAUUAUGAAAAACUAGUAGUUUGGACUGUAAAACACAAGACACAGUAAAGUAUUCUAAAUAGAUGCAUUUAUCUGAACAGUAGACUUACAGCCCUCACGCUGUUCACAGAAGUUGAGCAUUAUGGGGAAGUUGUUUAAUACAGAGAUAAAGACUGUAAUGUCUCUGUCCACCUGUAAUAUUUUGGAUGUUCAUACCUAAGGAAGAUUUUCUGAGAUGCCAAUAUUCAUGCUUAGUCUCUCCUGCUCUUGAGUUUAGAAAGAAAACAAGUGCAACUGAUGACUUCUUUUAUCUGCUGUCGUUCUGAUGACUGACUGGAUUUUUGCAGUUGCGAAUGUGAUGGCAGUAUUCCCUAAAACACCCAUAUCAAUGGAAUAUUUUACUGGUUUAUGAAGCGAUGUACUGGUCCUAUGUUUUACCAUUACACUGGUGGUGCUCCUCACUGUAGCUACUAACAAUCGUUUCUUCACCUAAGACUUUCUCCCUGAUAUGUAGAGGGGGUAGGUGCUUAUCCUGCUUACCCUGGUAAAGAUACCUGCAUAGUAGCUGUGGAUUCCAGAACACUUCAGAAAAGCAUACAGUAUCCUUUUUGUCAUUUAUGGAAGGGAAACUGAGGUACAAAGAGGUAAAGAGUUGCUGCCAAGAUCACUUGGCUGGCCCAGCAGAUCAAAUCAUCGAACUGAACAUUCAGGCUAGUUCAGAACUACAACACAUUGCUGUCAUUUAGCCUCACAACACAAACCAAGCCCCAAAGUUAGUUCCUGUGAAAAAAAACAAAGAACUGGAUUCAGAAUGGGUAUUUCAAGAGAUGCACCUAAAAUUUCUUGUACAGCUGCCUUUGUUAGGUCUGAGAUUCACCAUUUUGUGCUUUAGUAGUGGUUUGCCACAGGACUGCACUGUCCUGUGCCACAACCCAUACAUUCAUUGUUGAGCGUUAUAGUUGAAAGUUAAGUUAGGGUGAAAAUGAUGCCAGUACAAAAUUAUUCUUUGCAGCAAGUUUGUCAGCUAUAUAAGUCUCAGAAAUUUUCCCUACUUGUACCACUGUUCCAGUUCUGUAAGUACUUGAAGUAGCUGAAUUAAAUAUAAUAAUACUUGAAACAAAGAUAACUAGGUCAUCCUGCACACUGCAAUCACACACCUGCCUUUAUAAAUACAUAUUCAUUGAGGGAUCUGUUGCACCAGCUUGUCUAAAAUGGCAGGAUCCUUGUUGCAGGGGUUAAGUUUUGUUCUUCAGUUUCUCUUAACUCUUACUGCUGUUAUGAGAGGAGGGAAAAAUAAAUAGAAUUUGUAUUCUGGAAUAAAGUAGAGCCUGUGGGUGCCGAAAGGAGACCAGUUCUACUUUCUGUGUUUGGGUGUGUGAUAAUUAGCAGAAAAGUAGCAUAGAGUUAAAAUAAGUAUGUAUCUUCUUAGUAAGGUGUGCGCUGGUCUAAGUAGCUUCUGGUUUUCAUUGUGCAGUUGUGAAAACCUCAUUCCUCAAAGAAGCUAGGGUAAACCAAGAUGCUAUUGCACAUACAUAUGCAUGCAUUAACAAAAUACUGGUUUGGGUUUUUUUAAUCUUAAGGUCUCUCGGCUAGGCUGAACAGGGUAGUUACAGAGACAAAAAGCAAGACUAGAAUUUUGGAAGCAGUAUCAAGUAUUAUGUUUUAUUAUGAUGAUUAAUGAUCCCAUUUUGAAUAACAGAAUGUUAAUGUGGGUAUUCAUAUGACUUGAUUCAGGGCAGCCAAAGCUAGAGAGGAAUUGAUUUUGCUCAUAUAUAAAUCUGCCUGGCCUUAUACUUUUAUUAUUCUCUUGAAAGAAGUAGCAGGAUGUGUGUGUAUGAACUUUUAUAUAUUGUCUGGCAGACUGAGUUCUACAAAAAACAGGUAUAAGCUCUGUUCCCAACACACUUUUUGGUAGUAUGUGUUGUAUUUGUUUUGCAGAAAAUGCCUUUAGAUUUAGUUUAAAUUUAAAUAAGUCAUCAGAACUUAGUUCAUUUCUUGUCUUUGGAAAAUUUCGGAGGGACAUGUUAACAAUAAGACUAGAAACUAGAGUUGGUAGAUUUGUCAUUUACUGAUUUGGUGUAUUUAGUUAUUAAAUUAUAUGAGAUAUGAUUGCUAGACAACAAAAAAGAUAGCAGCUUAACAAAGCAUAGCUAAAAAAUAUAGGUGAUUUGUGCCCAAUUUGGGUUUAGUCAUGCUGAUGGGAAAUAAAAUGACCAGAAAAUGUCAAAGGCCAGAGGAUUCACAACCAAGGAAUAAUAAGCUGUGCCACUGGUGCGGUAUCUGAAGUUGAGCAAGUUUCAUUGCUAACUGUAUGGGUUAAACUUAUUACAACACAGAGGACAAAAGUAGAAACACGUUCCACACUGUGAAAUAUAACUGACUCUUUUCCAGGAUUUUCUUUAGAAAAAUGAAUUUCACCUUCUGCUUUCCCCUUUUAUCAUCUCUAAAGUUACCCUGAUAUGCAAGUAUUUUAUGGCUUUUGGGUGAAGAGAUUACAGAAGUGUAAAGUAUUAUUAUGUAUUAGUCCCAGAGGUAAUUCAUCACCAUGUCUAAAUGUCUCAGUAUUCUUACUAUUACAGAGAAUGCAGUCAACAGAGUGUUGACAAGUUUACAGAGAAAGAAAGGGCUUGCUUUUUAAGGAAUAACAAGGUGGGAUUUCUUAAUGGUGCUUAAUGGAUUUGAGAGAAAAGGCAACAAUAUACAUAAGGGAGCCUUUUAAUAAGUGUGUAUUUUAAAGCUUUCUUUUUCCCUCUCAGGCUGUAAACAUGUCAGAGAAACAGCUAUGUACAGUGCCAUUGAUGCAGUAAUAAAAAUGUAAUAGCAUCACUGUUUCUUAUUCAUAGACCCAUGUUUUCCAUCUGCUUUGGUAGCGCUAUCACAAAUUGACUGGAAUUUGAGCACCACAUUGAAGAAUUCCAUUUUGACAUUUCAUUAGCAUGUCUUUAUUUUACAAUUGGCCUUAAAUAUGUUGAACGUUUAAUUUGGGAAUUCUUAGGAAAGUUAUGGCUGUCUUGAAAUAUUUGUGUUGGCCAGGGGAAAGGAGGAGAGUAGAAGAGAGGAUAAAUGGGGAUCACUUACUAUGAUGAUAGAUUUAACUAAUGUCAGUAAUGUUAUUUUAUAACUUGGAGUAUGUAAGCAAUAGGUAACAGUGCUGUGUUUUAAACCAGUGUAAAGUCUGUAGACUUUUGCCAGAACAGUUUCAAAUGAUGACAGCUUCAAGGAGUUGGUUUAGUAGUCUGUAGUUCAGCUUUGAAAAAAAUCCUGUUUAUGUGAUACUACAGUUGAAUUAUUUUCUUUACAAUUUUAUUAUAGUGGGAAGGAUAAUUCAGAUAAUCUUGUAUGCUUCCAUAUGGCAAAAUUGUUAAAUAGUUUAAACAAUUAUUUUAAACAAGGGCAAGACAUCUAGUGUUCUAUGUUCGUGUUAUGCUGAAGUCAAAGUUGGGGUUCUGAGCUGUUCUAAUUGUUGUGAAUAUAAGUAUAUUACAAAAUAUUUAAUUGAUGUAUUUUUGACCUUAUAUUUGUGUUAUUUUAAUGAGGCUCUGUAAGCUUAUACAAGAAACAAAUUUUGAAAUUGACCUUCAAGUCAAAGAUCUAUAUAAUCUAUCAAAUAAUAUCCUCUAACUAAUACAGAAAACGGCAAACUUAAAUUAAACAUACUUUUAAUAAAAAUCAAAUUCCACUUGAAUCUUUGCAGUUAUAUCAACUUGAGGAUAUACAAGGACUUGUAGGGUGGAAGUCCAUGUGGGUAGUUACUUGUUUUGUCCUUAGGCUGAAAAAAAAACAAAAAAAGGAAACAAUCACUCUGUCUGAAAGUGGGGAAACAAUCACACAAUAGAAAUCUUUUAUUAUCAGUGUGAUGGAAAUCUCAAACAUGCCAGUAUGCCACCAUACAACGAAACGUGAAAUUCUUUAAACCUACAAAUAGAAAGAAAACCACCUUUAUGAAAUUACAUAACGAUGACAUUGCACAGAAGUAAAUUUGCAGAUUUGGACAAAGUAAAACCACAAUAAAAUGUAAUAAAACAAAGUUGAAGUAAUAGGUAAUUCUGCAAUGUAUUAAACACUAUAAUAUAGAUUUAUUACAAGGGAUUAUGAGUAUUUACCUGAAAAAACCAAUAAAAUUAUCGUUUUCCUUCCAUUACAUACAGGCUUUUUUUGGGCUGCAACUGUCCGUAUCUAAUAAUUAGAGUUGCAGUGCCUGCCUGUCCUAGUGUGGCAUUUAGAAAACAUUUUUCUAAUUGCUUGACUUUAAUAUAGACCUUGAAGUUGGGAUGAGCUCAGCAUGGGCAAAGAAUUCCUUGUCGUUUGGAGUUUUAAUUGCUAACGCAACUCCAGUCAGUAAAUGUCAAAAAGAUAAACACCAGUGACAGGUCUGUACCCUUUCUGCAGAAUUCAAGAGUGAAACAAAUACUGGUAUGUAAUAAGUUCACAUUGGACAUUGCUAUAUUUGAAACAAAAGUGAUGUUAUUACUCUCAAUACACACAAGAAAAACAUCAAAUUCCUCUCAAUGUAGGGUUUUUUUCUUUUAAGUAUCCGAAUCUGAGGCCUGAUCUUCUCACUUUGCAUGUCCAGGUAUAUAUACGGCAUAUGAGGUAGAAACAAAAUUAACAAUGCCUUGGCUUAUUUUGAAGACUGAAGGACAAACUCCUUGUUCAGUCUUUGAAUGGGUGAACAUGAAAAGCUUUCUUCCUUCUAAUGAAAGCUUUUUCAAAUUUUGCUUUAUUUGCUAGCAUUUAUUUGAAUAACUACAUUUCCCCAUGCCAUAUUUUCCAAAGCUCUGAAUUUGUUAUUAGUCUUCAAACCUUAUGGCUUUUGUUCUAUUACUAUGUACGAUGCAAGAUUUUUUUAACUUGACAUAGUUAAACUUGCUACCACUGAAAAAGCGCUGUUUAACUUUAGCGGAUGGAAAAGUUAACCAAAGUCUGAAGAAAAAAAAAAUCAUUUGGAAGGUGAAGUAAAACUUCCAGCCUUUUCAGAGAAGAAGAAACUAAAGUAAAUUAAAAUUUAUAAGUAUGUUUUGGUAAGACUUAAACCGAAGUCACUCUCCCAAUUAGGACUGUGAUUAAGCAUUUAGAGGGUUUUCAUCAGCAUUUUGCUGGUUACCUCAGGGUAUUUUACACUCUCUUGGCAUGUAGCUUGUUGGGGUUUUUGCAGUAUACUGCAAAAUUUAGAGAUUCUGUUGAUUGGAAACAGGUUAUGUGAAUGCUAGGAGAAAAUCAGAACCUGAUUUUCAUUUGUAUGGAGGCUCCUGGCAACUUAGUUAAGUCCAUGUGAUUUUCCCUCGAGAGUUUGAAAGCAACAUUUGAAUGCCUCUAGUUGCAUUCCCUGAACAUCUUGUCUUGCCACUGCCCUUGCAAGCAUCCUGUUUACUGUAGGAUUUCCAAAUACUCGCCAAAGGGUGCAAUUAUAUAAUUACUUUCCACUUAGAUCUGUGUGCAACUGAUAUAGCUCAGGUAUUUUUGCUGCAGUUGUCUACCAGGAUAGUUGUUUCUAUGUGCUUGAGGACUGUCUACAAUAUAACUUAAAACAAAACUAGUGCCACUAGAUUUUUACAAGCUGAAUAUUAGAUAUCCUGGUAAAGAUAAACUAGAAUAGAAUGUAGAGAAGAGCAGAAUGUCAAAAUAUUUGCUCUGACUUGUAGAGCAAAGCACAGGGGCUGGUGGGUUAUUGCAACUAGUUUAAGCAAAACAAUUGAAGAGGCUGAGUCUUACCUCCACAAAUGCUGCUAGACGCUUCAGACUGAGUUGGUUGUGCAGGGACUUAGCAGAGAAUUUGUUUCACUCUGUUAGGAAUUGAUUGGCCUAUUUUUGAUUUUGUGCCGUGCUGUCUUAUUUGUGUAUUUUUUAAAACCUUGUCUUUGUGUACCUGAGAGUAAAUUUACGCCCCCACCCCCAUUUGCCUAUAUUUUAUCAGGUGUCUUGAAGCCUCCUGGUCCUGUCAGCACAUAAGUAACAAAUUGUUAUUUAUUAUUAUUGCUAGUAUUAUUAUAAUUCAGUAGGAGUGGGGGUUCCACAGGCCGAACACAAGUGGCACGUGUUCCUAAAUGUAUUUGCUCAUAUGCAAAAGGAAGAAGAAGAAAGACCUGACUUUAGAAGCUGGUGUGUAAACUGAUAAAAUGCAUGAAUGCAAAAGGGAUGUUUUUUUCUAUGUGGUGCUUAACAAGCUUGUGCCUGAAUUGGUGGAAUCAUUUCAUACAGCUAAUGUUCAGGCUAGUGUCCCGGUGUGAUCCUGAGGCACUGCAAUAGGACCCUUGACCCUAGGGAAGAUGCCAAUUGUUUAUGGGCAGUGCUUGCGCAGGCUCAGCUCUGUGGAGGAUGCAAUAGAGAAGCUGGGAGAGAAAAGGAAGAUCCAGCAGACAGCACUUUGUACCUGGGGGGUGUGAGUGAGAGAGUGCACCAUGCUGAUCAGCCUUGUGUUGUGACAGAACGGUAUUCAAGUAUCUGACUGCUGGCAAUGAGGACAAAGCGAGGGCAAACAAGGAAGGGGUAGAGAUACAAAGUGGCUGGUGUUUCUCAGCUAAAACAGCAUGUCUUAGCUCUCUCAGACUUCCUCCCCUUCCUUGUCCUCUCCCUCAUUUCUUCCUCCCACACACCCACACGGUCUCCCCAAACAAACCCCCCACACUGGUGGCACAGCACCAUUUCCCUGCACAUGACUUUACUGGUGUAGCACGCUUUCUACUCAAUGGAGGGUGCCUGCAAAACUUUGUCCUUAGAAGCCAUAUGCACUGACAGAUGCAGAGGUCCCCAUUUGCUGUUCACUUCAGCUUACAAACAAAUUGAAACUCCAUGCUGUGAAAUCUUUAUUGACCUGACUUGACUUGUUACAACUGCGUUCCAAGAACUGUGAAUUUGCCUGUGCAUUAGACACAAUUAUCUGUA